GGAGAUCCUUUGUAUUACACUUUCUAUGGGGAGAAAACGGAACUUGAGCGAAGAUGGUGGCAGGGAAGACGAAGAAGAGAAGCCGAUGAAAGAGAGAAGGGUGAAAGAGAAGCAGGAGGGAAGAGAAAGUAUGCGGCCUUCAAUGAUUAAGAACAAGGAGAAAAGAGCAGUUGUACAUGCUAAGUUGAAGCAGCAGAAGAAGGUUGAGAAGAGGAAGAAGGUUAAAGCUCGUGAAGCUGCUGAGAAAAAAGCGCUUGAGCUAGGAGAGGAGCCUCCGCCGAAGAUGGUACCCCGUACGAUUGAGAAUACAAGGGAGUCAGAUGAGACUGUCUGUUUACCUGAUGAUGAAGAGCUAUUUGCUGGCAACGAUGUUGAUGAGUUUAGUGCAGUUCUGAAGAACGAGCGUAGUCCGAAAAUAUUGAUUACAACAUCCCGUUAUAACUCUACAAGAGGACCAGCAUUUAUUUCCGAUCUUAUUUCUGUGAUUCCUAAUGCUCAUUACUAUAAACGAGGAACAUAUGACCUGAAAAAGAUCGUCCAAUAUGCAAAUGAGAAGGAAUUUACUUCUGUUAUUGUAGUCCACACCAAUCGCCGUGAACCAGAUGCUCUUCUCGUCAUUGGUUUACCUGAUGGACCUACUGCUCAUUUCAAGCUCUCAAAGCUCAUGCUACGGAAGGAUAUCAAGAAUCAUGGAAAGCCAACCAGUCACAAGCCUGAGCUGGUUUUGACCAACUUCACAACACGUUUGGGGCAUCGAGUUGGGAGGAUGAUACAGUCACUUUUUCCACAAGAUCCCGAAUUUCGUGGACGUCGAGUUGUGACCUUCCACAACCAGCGUGAUUUCAUAUUCUUUCGCCAUCACCGCUACAUUUUUGAAACCAAAGAGAGCAAACAGAAAGAAUCAAAAGGUAAAAAAAGCAAGGAUGAGAAGAACCCACCAGAAAGGACAAUUGCCCGUCUGCAGGAAUGUGGGCCUCGAUUUACUCUCAAAUUAAUCAGUCUCCAGCAUGGUACUUUUGAUACCAAGGGUGGGGAAUAUGAAUGGGUUCACAAGCCGGAGAUGGAUACAAGUCGACGGAGAUUUUUCUUGUGAUAAUGUUGGAUGUUUCUGCUGCUGGGAUUUCAAGGUCUUUGUACCCAAACCAUGUUAAAGCAGAACACCAACUAUCUGAGGCUGAUGGUCACUAUGAAAAUUUUGAUCUUUUCGAAUUAACUGCUUUUCUAGGGGUUGGGGUGGGGGCACUUUUGUAAUGGACCAUCUCCUAUAGUAAUUUAUUA